AUGGCCAAGAAGAGAAAGGCUACCGGCCGUCAGGGCCAGCCCACCGGCCCCAAGGAAGUCGACAGCGCCGAUGCCCGCCUGGGUCCCAUCAGCACAUACAAGGACGUCGCAGACUCCGAGGAUGAGUUCUUCAUGGAGCGCGACCGCUUGAUGCUCGACGACGAGCCCGACUCCAAGCGUCGUAGGAGGCACGACGACGAUAUCGAGCUGUCGGAUGAGGAGAUUCUCGGAGACGACGACUCUUCUGAAGAAUCUGACGAGAAGCCAGAGAAGAAGCAGCCUCCCAAGUCGAAGAGGAAGAAAGCUGUUGAAUCUGAUGACGAGGGUGGCGAAGAAGAAGAAGGAGAGGGUGACGAAGGGUGGUGGGGGUCGUCAAGAAAGGAAUACUACAACGCCGACAACAUCGAAACCGAGGGCGACGCCAUGGAAGAGGAGGCCGAGGCCAGGCGCCUCCAGCAGAAGAAGCUGUCCAAGAUGACGGACGAAGACUUCAUGUUUGACGGGAGCGAGUGGCUGGCCGCUGGCGAUGACGGCGGCGAGGGAGACGACAAGGACGAGCCCGUCACCGAGGUGCUCAAGGAUGUCGAAAUCACCGACGAAAUGGACUCCCAGGAGCGCUACCGCAUACUCAAGUCACGGUACCCCGAGUUCGACCAUCUUGCCGGAGAGCUGCAGAAGCAAGAGGCCCUUCUUGACGGCCUGCGGGUCGGCGCCAAGAUUCAGGGCGCCAAGUCCCUGGAGGCCGUCAAGUACUGGGUCCUGGGCUGCUACGUCGCCGCGCUGGCCGGCUACUUUGCCGUCCUCACGUCGCCCGCGAGGGAUGCCUCCAAGGCCAACAAGACGCUGAGCCCGUCCGACCUGCGCGAUCACGACAUCAUGGAGACGCUGGUCAGCUGCCGUGAGGCGUGGAGCAAGAUCAAGGACCUCCGGUCGACACGCAGCAGCGCCGGGGAGGAAGAGAAGGAAGAUGGGGGCGCUCUCCCCGUGGUGCCCGAGGAGCUGUCCGAGCCUGCCACUGCUGGCAAGGAGGCGGAGAAGGCCGCUAAGGAGGCCAAGAGGAAGGAGGCUGCUUCCGCCAAGAAGAGGGCCGCCAAGGCGCGCGAGCUCGACGGCACGGUGGCCGACCUGUAUAACCUGCCCCUUGUCAACAAGAAGUCUAAGAAGAAGAGUGGAAAGUCGGCAGCCGACGCCCACGGCGACGGCUCCGAUUCCGAUUUUGGCGAGGAGACGAUGCUCGACGCCAGGACAGCCGCCGAGAAGGCCGCCCGCAAGAAGAGUCUCAAGUUCUACACGUCACAGAUUGCCCAGAAGGCCAACCGACGCGCCGACGCCGGCCGCGACGCAGGAGGCGACGCCGAUAUCCCCUACCGCGAGCGCCUCAAGGACCGCCAGGCCCGCCUACUCCGGGAAGCCCAGGGUCGCGCGCAGAAGACGUCGAGGCGCGGUGCCGACCUGGACACCAACAAGGACAACGGCAGCGACGACGAAGAAGACUCCAAGGCCAAGGCCAUGCGCGACGACGAGGACGAGUACUACGACAUGGUGGCCAACAAGUCCAACCAGAAGAAGGAGGGCAAGGCGGCGCGCAAGGCGGCGCUCGCGGCGGCCACCAAGGCCGACAGGGUGGUGGAGAAGGAGGAGGUUGACGAGAAUGGCAAGCGCAAGAUCACGUACGCCAUCGAGAAGAACAAGGGUCUCACUCCCCGGAGGAAGAAGGAGGUGCGGAACCCUAGGGUCAAGAAGAGGAUGCAGUUUGAGGCCAAGCAGAAGAAGCUGGCCAGCAUGAAGCCCAUCUGGAAGGGCGGCGAGCCCAAGGGCGGGUACCGGGGUGAGCUGUCGGGUAUCAAUAUCGGUGUUGUCAAGAGUGUCAAGCUGUAG